AUGAAAAACAAACACCCUCAUAUUGAUCACCAAUAUGAUGUGUGGCCUUUGUCCAAAUCUGUCACAAAAAAACUAAAAAUGAAGGCUAACAUUAAGGGAAAUGAUGACUUGACCCAUUGGAUUAAGUCCAUUUCUAAUCAUAUUUGGUGGUGCUCUGCAAGUUGUAACAAGAAUGCAGAAGAAUUGUUGGAAAAAUGGAAGUCUGUCCUUAACCACAUUUCCAACAAGCAUUUCUGGAAGGGGAACACAUAUUUUCAUCAAUGUUGCCACCAACAAUUAACAGAAAAAGAAACAAAGCAGAAGAAGUGGUUAUCUCCUACUUCACAAGCAUAUAUUGCUGCAGAGAAGGUGAUAUGUGACAAGAGGCUUCUAAAAGACCUGCGGAAGCUAUCUGAGUUUUGUCACACAGGAGAGUUGGAGGUUUACCAUUCCCUUUUACUGAAAUAUUGCCCAAAGCGAGAGCAUUUAUUUCCUGGGAUGGUAGCCCGCACUCAGUUAGCAGCAUUAGAUCACAACAACAAUAUUAAACGUGAUAAAGCAGUCAUUAAGUCAGGGACAAACAAAGGGCAAGACCGUUACAAAAUGAUUUUUGCUAAAACACAGAAGCAAUGGGUUGUAAAAGCAAUGAAAGAAAGGAAAGAGUACCUGUACAUUGAUAAAUUACUUGCGGAGGUUGUGAAUGCAUGCAAAACUGAGGAGAUUGAACUUGUACAUCAUGGCGAGAAUCUUCCAAAGAACAUUUCUAAAUCAAGUCCACCCAGGAAAGAAGUACUUGUAAAGGAACAUCAGUGUAGAUUUGCAUAAAAUGUCAGUGGUGAUGUUAGCUAUGGCAAUAGGUUUUGCCAUACCCAUAUAAUAUGACGUUGAAUCAGUGAAGACAACUUUUGUACUACUUAAAAAAUGUUCAUUCUUAAAUAUUAACAAAAC